CCGUGUGCAGUGUGUUUUUCGGCUUCGACGCGCGUACAAACUGAACAGAAAUAAAUAAUAGUAAAUUGAAACUAUGCCAAGAGCAAUUUAAAAAUAAAUUAACAAAUCGUUAGAAAUUUGCAUUCAUUUACAUGCAGCUUGCAAUGCUUUCUCCGUACGGUACGUGACUUCAGCACCAUCUGAUUUCGUGUGGUUUGUUUUUGUUUGCAUUUAGUGGCAAAAAAAAAAAAAAAAAACACACACACAUUUGCUUGUUAAGAGAAAUCUGAUUGCGAAUAGAAACCAAAAAAGAAAAGUGAAUUGUGUGAACAAAAUGCCAUCGUUUAUAUUGGUACCACCGGUGGCGAAGCCAUUAGCCGCCUUCGAGCCACACCCCUCGAGGUCCUCUCCGGAAGUGCAGGCGAAAAGGCGGAAUUUGUUCGGUACGUGUGCCAGCGCCGAAAUCGACGCCCUUCUAGCCGAGGAGAACUCUCGCCAGGUCCACUACAUGGCGGAGCGCUAUAACAUAGAUCUCGAUAAAUUAGAGGAAAAGUGCAAUCAGCUGAGUUCAGUGGAGCCUGUGAAAACGCAAACGUUUAUCGUUAGCAUUAGCGAAAAGAAAAGUUUUAAACUUGCGGACUUGGAAGCGCAACAAGUAAUUCUAGUUGCACAAAAAAACAGCGUUAAACGCAACUUUCCUGUGCGCAAAGCUUACAAAGGAGAUUCGAGAGUGCCAAAACGUAAAAUUAAUCAGAUCAGCAGCGACCACGUUGAGGCUGAUAGCCAUAAUAGCGAAAUUGGGCCAAUUGGGGAGAAGAGGAUGUGCAAAGGGUGUAGGAACAAUAACUGCAAUAAUUGAUAUUUAUUACAUAUUUUUUUUUAUUAUUAUUUAACUUAUGUUUUUUUUAUAUGUGUAUAUUUUUGUUUAAACAAAACCAAGACUUAACAGUACAUUUAGUGGGCUUCAAAUACGACAGCACACCAACACGCACACUCAAAAAAAAAAAAAAAAAAAAAAAAAAAACAUUACAAAUUAAUUACUAA